ACCGCUCUGUAAACAAAGCUCUCUUGCUUGUUUGGCGUCGAAUUUCAGUAACACCCUGUAAUGUUACUUCUCCCCCUCCCCCAAAGAUAAAUCCUAAAGCGCCCCCAUUCAUUCCUUCAGGAAUGCAACAGAUGUCUUUGAGGCCCGUUUUCUGCAAAGAGCUUGGUUCACUAGGCCCAAGGGACCCCUGGCUCCAGCUAUUGUUCAAGUUGUCACUGAGGUCUCUAACUCCACUUUUAAGUCUCCCUCUCCCCCUUCCCAAUCCCUCCUCCGCAGUCUCGGGGCAGUCAGCCGGUCUGAUCUCACCCAGCAGGAAAACAAAAACAAAACACCAAACCAAAGCAAAAUAGCCCGAGCCACUGAGCGAGAUCAGUGCGCCCCAGCUUCCUGGGCUUGGAACUGAACCCCUCAUCGUGUCCGGGUCCUCUCCGGGGAGCAGCGAGCCCUAGGCGGCCUGCGCCUGUUCCCUCCGAGUCUAACCCUCUCUAGUUCCUGCAACUGCAUCUGAGCGUCUUGAGGGCGGCGAGUCCCCAGGAGUCCGGUCCCGCGGCACUUGGCAGAGGUGACGGCCGCUGUGCCCGGUGGCCCACGUGGGCGCGCUUGGCGGCGCGGGGCGGGGAAGGCCGCGGGUCCUCCCCGGAGCAGGGCGCGGGGGAGGAGCGGGGAGCCCCGGCGACGAGGGGGCGGCGACAGCGCUGGGAAGGAGGCUGCACGCGGAGCUGCGUGAAACGUAGACUUGGGAGCGGGCGGGAGAGGAGUAGGGAGCGCGGCUGCACGGCCCUGGCCGGCCCUGCGAGGCGGCGAUCGCAGGGGAGGCGGAGGAGAAGGAGGAGGAGGGCUGCAGAGGCGGAGGGAUCUGCUCACCACAGCCAUCCAGGCCAGCAAAGUUUGGCUGGGGGUUGGACUUUCCUUCCCGGAGGCGGCACCCAAACAGCUACCCCGUGCGGAAACCCAAACUUUCUACUGCCACUCCGAGUCUCGCGGCCGCCGCCUCCGCCCCGCGCGCCCGGGGCCUGCCCGUCAGUCCGUCGGUCCUCGUGGAGCUGCUCGGGCGCCGCCGUGCUCCGGAUCCCCGCAGCUGCAGCGCCGCAGCCCCGGCCCGGACGCCGGGGCAAGUUCUCCAGAGUUAGACGCGAAGUUCGGGCGCGGCGCGGGCCGAGCUGCCCCUGUGCGCCCCCGGCGUCCCCAGUGCGCCCAGUCCCGCCGGGGGCGCCGGUGACCCUUCCGUGCCAGCCAUGUCGUCCAUCCUGCCCUUCACCCCCCCGAUCGUGAAGCGCCUGCUGGGCUGGAAGAAGGGCGAGCAGAACGGGCAGGAGGAGAAGUGGUGCGAGAAGGCGGUCAAGAGCUUGGUGAAGAAGCUCAAGAAGACGGGGCAGCUGGACGAGCUGGAGAAGGCCAUCACCACGCAGAACGUGAACACCAAGUGCAUUACCAUCCCCAGGUCACUGGAUGGCCGGCUGCAGGUGUCCCAUCGGAAGGGGCUUCCCCAUGUCAUCUACUGCCGUCUGUGGCGAUGGCCUGACCUGCACAGUCACCAUGAGUUACGGGCCAUGGAGCUGUGUGAGUUCGCCUUCAACAUGAAGAAGGAUGAAGUGUGUGUAAAUCCUUACCACUAUCAGAGAGUAGAGACGCCAGUUCUACCUCCCGUGUUGGUGCCGCGCCACACCGAGAUCCCGGCCGAGUUUCCCCCGCUGGAUGACUACAGCCAUUCCAUCCCUGAGAACACCAACUUCCCUGCUGGCAUUGAGCCCCAAAGCAAUAUUCCAGAAACCCCACCCCCUGGCUACCUGAGCGAAGAUGGAGAAACUAGUGACCACCAGAUGAACCACAGCAUGGACGCAGGCUCUCCAAACCUAUCCCCGAAUCCGAUGUCCCCAGCACACAAUAACUUGGACCUACAGCCAGUGACCUACUGUGAGCCAGCCUUCUGGUGCUCCAUCUCCUACUACGAGCUGAACCAGCGAGUUGGGGAGACAUUCCAUGCCUCACAGCCGUCCAUGACAGUGGAUGGCUUCACUGAUCCCUCCAACUCUGAGCGCUUCUGCCUGGGCCUGCUGUCUAAUGUCAAUCGGAAUGCAGCUGUAGAACUUACGAGGCGGCACAUUGGGAGAGGCGUGCGGCUCUACUACAUCGGAGGGGAGGUCUUCGCCGAGUGCCUCAGCGACAGCGCUAUCUUUGUUCAGUCACCCAACUGCAACCAGCGCUAUGGCUGGCACCCUGCCACGGUCUGCAAGAUCCCCCCAGGCUGCAACCUGAAGAUCUUCAACAACCAGGAAUUUGCUGCCCUCCUGGCUCAGUCUGUCAACCAGGGCUUUGAGGCCGUCUACCAGCUGACCCGCAUGUGCACCAUCCGUAUGAGCUUCGUCAAAGGCUGGGGAGCCGAGUACAGGAGACAGACAGUGACCAGUACCCCUUGCUGGAUCGAGCUGCACCUGAAUGGACCUUUGCAGUGGCUUGACAAGGUCCUCACCCAAAUGGGCUCUCCAAGCAUCCGCUGUUCCAGUGUGUCUUAGAGAUACUGGGAGUGAGUGGGGGAGUGGGUGGGGGAGGGUGGGCUUGGGGAGAAUGGCCUUGGAAGAGAACUCCACCCAACUUGUUCUUGUCAAAGAAGACAACAAAUUUCUCUCAACUAAGGCACCAACCUGUUUCUGAAACCACAAAGAACAAGAAAAAUCCCGGGGUGAUUUUGUGAACAGCUGUGUUGCUGCAUACAUGCACCCCCGUUUGAGGCCCAAGAGUGGCUUCUGAUCUGGUGGCAUCACCACCCGACUCCUUGUCUAAUGACAGAGAUCUAAAAGCAAAGUGCCUUUGUCAAGGGCUGGAGUGUACCUCUGGGAGAGGGUCCUAGCUUUCUGUAGCUUUGGAUAAAACUUCAAUGGCGCAUGCCCUGUCCCACCACUUCCAUGGAGAGGGUGUACCUGGUGAACUAGAUGGCCUACACUGGCACUUUCCCCACCCCCAGAAUGCAGAGAGGAACAUGUCAGUGGGUAAAGCUGGUGAGAGCCAUUUCUUCGUUGUCCCUUCUUGGAAGGACCUGCUGAAGCUCAGCGUGUGUGGGAUGUAUAGUUCUUAUUAUCAUAUUACUCUCAAAGAGAUACAGAUGUUGUCCAAGUAUUGACAGAAAGCAGAAGGGGCAAUGGUGGAGUGCAUGUCCGGGUGAGGUGGCGCCAUACUGAAUGUUUCUCUGAGAGUUGGCACCAUAUUCUGAUGCAUAUGCUGUUGGUUUAUGGAGCCAGUUGCAUUAAUGAAUUCACCUAGAAGAGGCUCUUUGAAAUGUCUUCUGUUUUAUAAAAACAAUCCUGGUUACAUCCAUUGGCUGGAAGACCAGCAUGGACCCAGCGACUGCUGCUUCCUCUGAGGUUUCAAAGUUGAGAUCUAGAGAAGCCAAUUCACCUGAAGGUAAGACCUCCCAGGCCGACAUGGGCAGAUGAAAAGGGCUAUCACCAUUUGUACACCUUGGUGCCGAGAGGCCUGCCAUCUUCACCCAGCUUUGGUAAAGGCCUGCUACCGAAAACUGCCGCAGCGAUACUGUGUAAUGAGCACCGUUCCCAGUGGCAAUUACAGAGAAAAUGAGUAUAAAUUAUAUCAACUGGAAGAAGGAAAGUCCCUUUCCCAGCUCUUCUAGAACACAGCACACAGGAUCCCACCUGCGAUUGGUACUGUCUUCUUGGCCGCUGUUCGUUGUAAAAUGACUGUCGGACGUUUUUCCUGGAUUUCCUGUGGAAGUCCUGUCCUGUUCCAGAGGGAAGAAGGUGCACCCUCCAAUGUGAUGAAUCUUCUGAUGCUCCAGAGACUCUAGGCACAUUCUGGUGUCUCCUGCAGGAUCCUGUGGCCUCUGAAGCUCUGAGCAGGAUCUUUCCAGCUAGGCAUGCUGUUCCCCAAGCUUCCUUCAGACACAAGAAGUCUAUGAGCAUCUAUGAGCCCCCAGGCUGUUGCUACAGAACCCAAAGACAGUUCUGAAUGCCUCCCAUCCUCUGAGAGGGCAUAGACAGUGGGUGAGAACAUUGUGCCAGGCUUGAAACGGUCUGUGGACUGCCGCUUCAGACACAGGAAGUCCUUCGAACUGACUAUAUGUCACCCAUGAGUCAGGCCCCGCUCAAGGAUGUUCUGAUGUGGCUUUUACUGAAGCCAGGGGCAGCCGUUUGUGGGGAUCUGCCUUGUCCACUUGCUGCCCAGUUUCCUUGGGGCUUCCUGUGGCCCAUCGUCAUCCUCUAGGUGCCUGGAGAAGAGCUCUACACAGCACAAAUGGAGUCAUCCCACAGCCUGUUCUGUAUGAUGGCUACUCCAGUAGCUGCUCCUGGGAGGCACAAAGUUGAGAGGAUCUUUUUUUCUUCUUGCCAAAGGUUACUUCCUUGGCCCUCUUGCUUUAUUGGCCAGUUGCUGGAGAAGGAUGUCCAAGGAAAUUCUAGGCAGGUCCUCUCGGCAUCCCUGAAAAUAAAAGGCUUAGAAUCUAGAAAAUGCCACUCCAUCGUUGAGAACACAGGUCCUUUGGGUACAUGUAAUCUAAGUGUCCCUUAGUUUUCCGUCUUGUAUGCACAGCAUUUCUACUUCUAAAGAACAGUUGGAGGUCCACAGGAAAGCAGCUGCUGCUGCUGUGGCCUUUGGAAAGUGUGACCUGACUGUGGGUACCAUGCCGGCUUCGGGCUUCUGCUGACACUGACCCACAUGGCUGGUGCUGGGCAGAGAUCCUCGUCUUCAGCACCUCAGAGAAGCUAACUUUGUACCCCUCUCCUCCCCAACUUAAUUUAGUGCGUGUACAGGUGGCCCAGCCGUGUGGAUUACAGGCCUGUGCUGGCAUGUCAUCGCAGCUGGCCACCUUCCAGGAGGCCUGUAGAAGACCUGGCAUCUGGAGAAAGCCUGGAGUGGAGAGCGGGGACUCUCUUAGGAAGAUCGUGAGGAGGGCGAGGCUGCUGGCAGACUUCUCCACUGUCCUGAGAGUGUUGUAUUAUUUUAAUGUCUGACACUUUUUUUACUCGUUAAUGUAGGAGCCGCAGUGCUUAUGGGGUACUGUGGUCUUGCUCUUCCUCCGCUCGCUUCUCAGAGCUGGGACAUAUUCCAGGGCUUGAUGUUUUUACUCAAACCACAGAAAGGUUUUCUUUAAGUAGCGUGUGCGGUCACGCAUGUGCCUGAGUUGUCUGGGGCAGAGGCAAAUAUCUGACUUCAUUCUUAGCCCCAAGCUGCCAUUUGAGUUUUUUGUUUUUUUUUUAAAGUCCCUGAGAGGCUGAAAAGGUGCCUGUACCAGAAGGUCACAGCUACAGCUCUGCACUGUGUUUCUUACUAUGUGACUAAGUGGCUAAUGUGUGUGCCCGGUACAUUAGAAGGGACCUGCACUGUAUUGUCUGAGUGGCAUCAGGGUUCCAUCACUGGCCUCUUUAAGCAAUGGUCUUCACAGUGUACAGCAACUUCCCAAGUGGGUAGAAAGCCACACACCAGGAUGUGGGUCAACCAUGAAGAUGUGGCAUUGUUGACAGGAGGCACUGGAUAGAGAGGAACAUGUUGGUGCAUGGCUACCACCUUCGAAACAGCCCCUACAGCUGGCUCGUGCUAACACAAAAGUGAUGGUUAGCAUUCUGCUGUUUUCAUAUUUAUGUAACAAUCCCUUCAAACCGUUCAGAUGGAUGACUAUUUAAUUUCUUAAGGACAGUUGUAAAGGUCUGUCCCCGAAGGACAGUGACUGGGCAGGGCUGGGGCACAGCCAGUCCCGAACACUGAUGGAGGCUGCAGUGGCUUUCUUGGCUCCGGCUCUACAAACAUCAGACCAGACUGGGUCAACAAGGAGCGGCGUGCGCAAACAGGCCACGCUAGUCAAGCCCAGGCCCUUCCACAGCAUGUCCUCUGCACCAAGGCCCCUCCCUUCUGGGAGUGAAAACCUCACAUAGAAAUUGGAGCCAUCUUUAUCCCAGAAGCCUUUGCUGUUGCCAGGGCAAGUGGGCUGGUGUGGACUCUUGUUUGGGGAUGCCUGGAGGCUGACGUUACUGUCGCUAUUCAGCCAUCCAGGCCUUUAGUAUCUUUGUAAAAAGCAUGUAUUUAUAGUGUUUUAGAUUUUUCUAACUUUUGUAUCUUACAGCCUUGUACCCCAAUGUUAAAGAGCCGUGUCCCCUCUUCUUAUAUGCGCCCUUCUAAUAAACUUUUCACUGUAAGGCUCCUGGGCCAGGAGCGCAGUCUGA